CUUUCUUGAUCUUCUAUUUUUCUACUUGAUAAAGUUAAUCGACAAAAAAAUCUAUGAAAUCACAAUUAUUUUCUAUUUCUUUUCUAUUUCUUUUAUUAUUAUUCUUUUCAUUCUAGAAUGAGUGGUUCAAUUAUGAACGAAAAGAAGGAGGAAAUAUUGAUUGAAAACUGUGAAAAGAAAAAGAUGAUUUGGAAAGAACGGUUCAAGUUUCUAAAAGAUCCCAAGUUUUAUAAAGUCUUGGUUCUUGGUCAACUUCUUUCAUUAUGUAUUACUGGGACUAAUGUUACGACUACAAAACUUGGUAUCUCUUAUGAUUUUGCUGCACCCACAACACAAACAUUUCUUGUUUAUGCCUGUUUAGCUGUCGUUUAUAAUAGUUAUGCUAUUUAUAAACGUGGUAUUCGUGGCUGGUUACUUCAGUUUUGGCGAAGAGGUAUUUAUUAUUUCUUUUUGGGACUUAUUGAUGUGGAAGGGAAUUAUUUUGUCGUAAAGGCCUAUCAAUAUACCUCCUUACUGUCUGCUAUGUUAUUAAACUGUUGGAGUACACCUGUUUGUAUGAUUCUUUCCUUUAUUUUCAUGAAGAUACGAUAUCGAUGGGUUCAAUAUGUGGGUGUGGUGAUUGCAUUAGGGGGUAUGGGUAUGUUGAUAGCAAGUGAUGUGAUGGAAGGUAAAGAUUAUGCUGCUGUAGAUGCGAUUAAAGGCGAUCUCUUUUGUCUCCUGGGCGUGACGCUCUAUGGGUUUUCAAAUGUAGGUGAAGAAUGGAUGGCUCGAAAGCAUCCCCUCUAUGAAGUCAUCGGUAUGUUUACCUUCUUUGCUACUUUCAUUAACUUUGUUCAACUCAUGAUCCUCGAACGAAAUGAGUUUGCUGCCUUUUCUCAAAACCCGGAGGCGAUUGGAAUGGUGAUCAUCUAUACGGUCUGUAUGUUUGUCUUGUAUUCGUUGGCCCCCGUCAUGUUUCGUCUCGGUAGUGCUGUCUUGUAUAAUCUAUCAUUAUUAACUGCUAACUUUUAUGGUCUUAUCUUUGGUAUCGGUCUCUUUGGAUAUCAUAUUACAAUCAUGUAUCCAUUUGCUUACAUUGUCAUCAUCUUUGGUAUCGCUAUCUAUCAUCUUUUCCCAACGCCUGAACCGUCUAUUGGUACCUUUGAUAACGAAAAGGCUGAAAGAGAACGACAUGAGUUAAUAACAGAAAUGACUAUACCAUCAGAGGUUAUCGUUCAUAACAACAACCAGUCAUCGAGUUAGAUCAAAUAACUUGCAAAAAAAAAAAAAAAAAAAAAAAAAAAAAAAAAAAAA